AUGGAGAGCGACAGCUUCUACGUCUGGGAUCGUGAUCCGUAUCCGCCCAUUCAGGCUGAUCGCGACCCGUGGUGGCUAUGGGCUUCCCGUGCGGCUUUGUGGACGAGCGUCCUGUUCUUCUUGAUCAGCGCCGUCGUGUGGAUGUCCCUGACGCCCGACGAUAGCUAUUAUUUGGGGGAGACGAGGGAGCCAACAGCGGCAGAGUGGUUCGCCCCGGGGCAGGCGCCGUGGCGCGAUGACCGCAAGAAGGUCAUCAACAUUGCCAACCAGGCCGACUUCAUCUUGACGACGCACGGGCAGUGUGCGCGCAUGUUGCGCACGGGCUCGGUGGGCCAGGAUUGGACCCUCCGCCAGCAGGCUCUGUUCAUCCACAUGUGUGCCAUCUACGAGAACCCCCAGCGUGCCUCGUUCUACUCGGCUUCAUCAGCCAUGGUCUUCCGCUUGAGCGACACUGGCCCCCCAUUGGCGGAGACGGUCAGCUCGCAGGGGUUCAUCACCUACUGGCAGACGGACGAGGCUCGAAAAUAUGGAAUGAGCAUGUGGGAUACGGGGGUCCCCUCCGCCUACACGGUCCUCAAAUACACGGCUCUCAAGAAGUUUGACGACGACAAGAAUUCCACCCUUGCCGACAUGCACGCAUGGCUUGAACAAGUCAAAUUCUUGUUUCUGCCUACUGGCAAGGAUCAGUUUGGCCGUCUUGUGCCUGUGUCAACGGAGACUUGGCGAUCAUUCACCCAUCUUCUCGAGUUCCAAGAAGCCGAGGUGCUGAACAGGCAAAAGGAAGGCCUCGCCCAGUUGACGAACCUAUGCAGCAUCUUGCGCCAGGGAUCAUGGGGCCGCUCGAUAGAUGUGCUCAAUAUGACCAUCACCCGUAACGCCACGUUCCUCGAGUUCAUGGGUGACACGUUCAUCAAAAACCGAAAGCUUCCGCAAACGUUGGACGACAUUCUCGAGCCGCAAUGCCUCUUCAUGUAUCUGCCGCUAUGGUCCGAUACGAUGGUGUCGCGCAUCAAUUACCUGCUAUUUGGCGGUACGCAUGAAAUGCCGCUCGCGGGGGACGACGAGAUGCGAGCGCGGGCCAAAAGUGAACAAAAGGGGUUGCUCGACGAUCAAACCGAACCGGGAUGUGCAUUCUCGGAUCGAUGGAGGAAGAUGGUGCGCGAAGACUUUUACGCAACGAUUCCGCCCAUGGAAACGAAAUACCUGCCUCGCGACUUUAACCUCUUUGCCGACAGCGCCUCCAUCAAGGAAUUUGUGUCGAAGCGAGACCCGGCCAAACAAGGCAACCAAACGUGGGGCUCAAUCGUCGGCCAUCGAUACCCCUACGGCACCCAGUUCUUUGCCAACCUCUACCAGCUGCUCAGUGCCGAAAAGGACCCGCAUGCCGUGCUCUCGAAAAGCUACUCGGCGAAGAAAGUGAGCUGCCGCUACUUCAAGACGCCCGAGGAGCCGGCCCGUGCCGACUUCAUCCCGAUGCUCAGCGCCUUCGAUGAGGGCGAAGUUGUUGGGGACGACUUUUGCGACUCGGUGUCGGUGAUCAAGCGCGGCGAUCUGGUCUACGUCAUCACCACGUCCAUGGGAAAAUGCAAAAAUGCGUUCCGCGUCGGCCUCCGCACCACCCAGGUGAUGCACAACAUCCGCGACUACUACCUGGGCUCAGACAACAACUCGUUCCAAUAUUGCCGCCCGAUGAUCCCGACCACCCCACCGGCCACCGAGUUGCCAUUCGUUGUCAGGAAUGAGGAUGACCGCGUCAAAUGGUUUGGCUACGUCGCUGGCCCGAAGCUGAUGGAGACGACGCUGAAGCUGAUGCUCUCGAAGGAGUACUACGACAGCGCACCCGAGGACCAGAACAGCGGCCUCGGCCACAUGACCAGGGCUCGCUACUUCACGAUCGACAAGGAGAAGAUAGUGCUGAACCCUCGGAUGGCCCGCCAACUCCACUAUGUCCCCAUCCCGAGCCCCGCACCCACAAAGCCA